UCUUUGUUUCUCUAGUACAAAUAAUAUUCGAACAAGUACUUCAUAAUCGACGAUUAGUCGAUCAUGAAGUCUACCGCAGAACAUACAAAGAUGGCCGGCGUCACGGUGGUAGGGCUUAUAGUAGUAUUGUUGUCAAUGCAAGUUAUGGCUACAUCAGCACAAGAAGAUUCUACAAUGUUAGGGAUGUGUUGGCAGAGGUUGUCAAACUGUAAUGCUGCGUCGACGGCUCCGUCGAUGUGCUGUAAUGUACUCAAGGAAGAUAUACGAGAAGACAGGGAAUGUUUUUGCAACGUCAAGUCUAUUAUCAAUGCAAAUGCUACCCUUGCGAACACCAUGUCUCAGCUUCUCUUAGUUUGUGGAGUCCCAUCUUCUUAUAACACAUUAUGUCCUGGUAAUGUUAAUCUUCCAAUUCUCCAAAUCCCGUGGUCAGACAACGAAGCGCCUUCACCGACUUUACGUCGUGUGCCAUCACAAUGCCCUGCCACCUGGGAUGUGCCAUCUACACCAAUCGAUACUUCAUCAGAUGAGACCAGUUCUCUAGAUUCAACAACAUCCUCCUCAUCAAUUCGAGGGAAACUUCAUAUAAUAAUCCCUGCUGUCAUCGUUGCAUUUGUGGCCGUGUUUGUGAUCGUGACACUAGUCAUAUGCUUAUGCAUUUGCAAGAAGAAACCGAAACCAGAAAAAUCUGAAGAUGUGCAUGGACUUGUGCAAAAAUAUGAUGUCGCUCUUCCAACUCUGACUCCAUCUGUCGUUGUUCCAAUAUCGAAUGUCACAAAUGAUUCUAUCUAUGGGAAUAUGGUUUCUGGUGAAUUGCCUCAAACUCCAGCAUCAAAGAAUGAUUUUGUGACAGCUGAAUCGUUGCAAUAUGACCUAAGAACACUCCAGACAGCCACUAACAACUUCUCUGAUCAUCAAAAAAUUGGUCGCGGAGGAUUUGGUGUUGUUUAUAAGGGAACCUUGGAGGAUGGCAGAGAAAUAGCUGUGAAACGACUAUCGAACAGCUCUAGGCAAGGUGAAAAGGAAUUCAAGAAUGAGGUGGUACUGUUAGCAAAGCUUCAACAUAGAAAUUUGGUAAGACUAGUUGGAUUUUGUGUAGCUGAUAGAGAGAAGCUACUCGUAUACGAAUUCGUGCCUAACAAGAGCUUAGACUACUUCCUAUUUGAUCCUGAAAAACAAGCUCAAAUGAAUUGGUCAAUGCGCUACAAUAUUAUAAAAGGCAUUGCUCGAGGAAUGCUUUACCUCCAUGAAGACUCCCCUAUUAGAAUCAUUCACCGCGAUCUCAAAGCUGGCAAUGUCUUGCUACAUGCAGAGAUGAGCCCGAAAAUUGCUGAUUUUGGCAUGGCCAGGAUAUGUGCUUUUGAACAGACACAUAUUGAUACAAGUCGAGUUGUUGGUACUUAUGGUUACAUGGCUCCUGAGUAUUUACUUCACGGACAAUUCUCCACAAAAUCAGAUGUAUACAGUUUCGGCUUGCUAGUCUUAGAAAUUGUAAGCGGACGAAGGGUCAAUAGUUUCAUCUACCAAUCUGAAGCAGGCGAAAACCUUUUGAUUUAUGCUUGGAAAUGUUAUUUGGAAGAAAGAACAUCGGAGCUCAUAGAUAAAACAAUGAGAGAUUCAUGCUCAAAUGACGAAGUCAUGAAAUGCGUGAAUUUAGGCCUAAUGUGUGUUCAAGAGGACGUUACUAGGAGGCCUACGAUAGACAUAAUAGGUCACAUACUCAGCUCUAAGCCUAGCGAUGUUGUGACUAAGGCUCCUUCAAUGCCUCAACCCCCAGCGUUCUUGUACAGCAGCAGUUCAGACCUAUCGACGACAAGAAGCAACACUAGUUCAUUGCCAUCUACAGCAACAAGAAGUGACUCAUAUUCACUAACUGAAACUAAUAGGAAGUUCACUGACUUUGGAUCUUAAAUGAUGAAACAAUUAAUUUUCAUUUCCCCUGUUUUUGAACAUAUACAAAGGCCUCUUUGUUAAGUACAGAGUAUGCACUCUUCACUUCAAUGUUAUAUCC